CAAUAUUCUUCUGCAAACACUGAAUUUAACCUAAAAAAUCGCCGAAAGUGGUUGACAAAUUCGUGAUUUUUUCAUUAAUUCAUAUGAUAAAGAAUAUAAUAUUAAUUUAUUAAUUAAAUGACUGGCUAUCCAAUGGUGUCCCAUCACUAUGAACAUUCAUGAGUGCAUAAGAAGUGUAGAUAAUUAAUAAGAAACGUUGAAUUUUGUGUGGAACGAUUAAACCCAAAUAAACAAUUUUCUAGUUGUCAAAAUCCUAAACAUCAAUUAGAAGUAAAGGAUUGAGUAAAUAAAUAAAAAAUGUCGUCUGACGUUCGUGAUAUUCUUGACAUCGAGAGUCCAGCAGCCACAGAAUUGACUCGUGAAUCAAUAUUUGGGAAUGAUAAGAAGACAAAACGUAGAUAUGAUAAUCAAAACAAAGGUCCGAAACGUCCAGAGGGUAUGCACAGGGAAGUGUUUGCUCUGUUAUGCAAAGAUAAUACUGAUGUACCUCCACUGUUUCCCACUGACACCGGAAAGGGUUACAAGCAGGUGAGGGCAAAGCUGGGGAUGAAGAAGGUGAGGAACUGGAAGUGGACACCUUUCACUAAUCCAGCGAGGGCUGAUGGGGCUGUUUUCCAUCAUUGGAGGCGGGUGGCUGAUGCCGGCAAGGAGUAUCCCUUUGCUAAAUUCAAUAAGAAAGUUCCUAUUCCCAAUUAUUCGAAUGCUGAAUACGUUCAGCAUUUAGUGAGCAACGGGUGGACGAGGGCUGAGACUGAUCAUCUGUUUGACCUGUGUAAAAGGUUCGAUUUGAGAUUUAUCAUCAUUCAGGAUCGGUGGGAUACUUCCAAGUUCAAUCCUAGGACUGUCGAGGACUUGAAGGAGAGGUACUACCAAGUCUGUGGCGCCCUGACAAAAGCUAAAUCCCACAGUGACAAAAUCUACAGUUUCGACGCAGAACACGAGAAACGUCGAAAAGAGCAAUUAAAAAAACUAUUCGAGCGAACACCAGAGCAAGUAGAGGAGGAACAGACCCUCCUAACAGAGCUACGAAAAAUCGAACAAAGGAAAAAAGAGCGAGACCGUAAAACCCAAGAUUUGCAGAAAUUAAUCACAGCAGCUGAUCACCAAGCAGACCCCAGGAAGAGCGAGAAGAAAGCUGUGAAAAAGAAUACCACAACAUCACGUAACAGACCAAACAAAUCAGACGCUGCAUACACCCAGAAACUCCAGGUCGUCGAGUCUGCGGGAAUAAAAUUCCCAGACUUUAAAAAUAGCGGUGUGAGUCUUCGCUCCCAGCGAAUUAAAUUACCAAGCAGUCUUGGACAGAAGAAGAUGAAGGGAAUCGAGCAGAUGUUGAAUGAACUCCAGAUAGAGCUCAAUCCACCGCCCACCGAACAAAUUUGCCAGCAGUUUAAUGAAUUACGAAGCGACAUUGUUCUUCAUUAUGAGCUGCGAGGUGCUCUCGCUACUUGUGACUAUGAAUUGCAGUCGUUGCGUCAUCAGUACGAGGCAUUGGCACCUGGAAAGACAUUGACAAUCCCUCCUGCUCUUUUACCUAAGAAUGAACCAGAGACCAAGGCAGAUAUAAUUGACGUUGUGGGAUCCCCAACAAUGCCCAAUACGACACAAUGAUUUCUUAGUAUUCUUUAUUCGGUAAUGGGGAGAUGAAGAAUAGGUGUCAAAUGGAAUAAUUAAACUUGACGUAAUUGGCGAAGAUCUCUAAGACAAUUGGGUUUGGAGUGAGAUGUCAGCAGAAAUUUUUGUAAAGAACUUUUCAAAGAUAUUUACGUGAUGUGGAAAUAGUUCGUAGGUUAUUUUUAUGAAAUGAAAUAAAAAGACCUCUUGACAUUCA